AUGAUGCCAUUGAGCAAGUCUUGUAGUACUAAUUGAGCACUCGCAAGACUUGGUCGAGUCGUUAAAAGUAAACCCAUAUUGGCAUGUAUCGCAAUUUCUAUGUGCAGUUGUUGAGCAGGUUGCACAAUUAGCAAUUGAGCACAAGCAUUUAGAUGAAGUAGAAUCCUAGCUAAACCCGGAUUGAUAAGUAUCGCAAAUUUGUGAAUUAGAUCCUGAGCACAUUUUACAAUUUUCAACUGCACAUGCAGCAGUGCAAUGUCCAGACAUUAA